AUCAGCAUCCUGGAGCUAUCUGAUCAUGGCUCCAGCUCUCUACCCACUUCCUCUCACCUGAUCAUCUUCUUCUUCAACUUCACCUUCAUCUUCAUCUUCAUUGCCUGAUGCUUUAACGAACCGUGUUGAGCUUGAUCUCCAUCUCCCAUCCCUGUCCGACCAACCAACAAUUCCCUCGGCGUUCCCGCGUAUAGCACCACCACGACCCCCCCAAUCUCAACCACAAUGCCCUCCGACACCAACCCCCCAGUCGGCGAAUCCGCCCCCGACCUCGAGAUCGUCGGCAACAAGCUCACCAUCCACCCCAGCGGCGUCACCGGCGGGCCCGAGCCCCAAGAUGACCAGAUCACCGAGCGCAACCUCGUCCGCCACAUGGCGCGCUUCCGCGAGAACCCCUUCGACUUCCUCCGCGAGGUCAGCCUCUACAUGUCCGGCACCGGCUGGCGCGCCUACGACCAGGUCAUCGGCCAGCCCAUCUUCUACCCAGGCUUCUCCGAGCGCAUGAAGUCCCGCAUCCUCGCCAGCCCGCUGCUGCAGGGGAAAGUGAAGGAGCUGGCCGAGCUGCGUCUGGCGGUGGAAGUGCAGGAAGGGCUGCUGGACGUGGUCCCUGGUCCGUCGCGGGACGCGAAGAAGGUGCACCGGCGGAAUGAGAUCGAGACCCACCUCAAGGAGGUGGUCGACUCCAUGCUGGAGAAUAUGAUCUGCAAGAUGGAGAGCAGGCGGUUUAUUCGUGGCGCCUACUAUGUCGCUACGCAGCUGCUGACGAGGGCGUAUCAUCAGGGGAUCCAUGUGUCUAGCGAGGAGGUCCUCCGGUUAAGGUCGGUGGCCGAGGAGGCGGCGCGGAAGAAACGGUCCAUUGUCUUCCUGCCGUGCCACAAAUCCCACGUCGACUAUGUGUCGCUGCAGUUGAUCUGUUACCGUCUGGGGAUCGGGCUUCCGGUGGUGGUCGCCGGUGAUAAUCUCAAUUUCCCGCUGGUGGGCCCAUUCUUGCAGCAUGCAGGGGCGAUGUGGAUUCGUCGGAGCUUUGGGAAUGAUCCGCUCUAUAAUACUGUCGUGCAGGCGUAUAUCGACACGCUCCUGCAGCAGGGGUUCAACUUCGAGUGUUUUAUUGAAGGUGGUCGGUCGCGGACGGGGAAGCUGCUGUCGCCCAAAUUUGGGAUCCUGAGCUUUAUCCUGGAUAGUGUCUUGUCGGGCCGGGUGGAAGAUACGAUUAUCUGCCCUGUUAGCACACAAUACGACAAGGUCAUCGAGACUGAGUCCUACAUCAGCGAGCUGUUGGGUCAGCCGAAACGAAAGGAGAACCUGGCGGAUUUUCUUUCCUCCUCGUCCGUCUUGUCCUUGAAGCUGGGUCGGGUCGACGUCCGCUUCCAUGAACCAUGGAGCCUGAAAGAGUUCAUCACCCAGCAGUUGACACGGCUCCCAGACCAAAUCACCGAGAUUGGCAGUCAGAAGCUGAGCAAUGUGGAGCGAGGCCGCAUCUUAAGGUCGUUAGGGUACCGGGUGCUGUCAGAUAUCAACAAUGUGUCAGUCAUGAUGCCCACCGCUCUGGUCGGAACGGUGCUUCUCACGCUGCGUGGCCGCGGGGUGGGCAAGGGCGAGCUCGUGCGACGCGUCGAAUGGCUCAGUGAACGGGUCAAAGCCAAAGGCGGCCGCGUGGCGCACUUUUACAGAUUCCCCACCGAAGUGGUCGUCGACCGCGCACUGGAGGUGUUGGGGCCGCAGAUUGUGGGCAAGGUGACCGGACUGGUCGAGCCGACCUACUACGCGGUGGACCGCUUCCAGCUCUCCUUCUACCGCAACAUGACGAUCCACCUCUUCAUCACCGAAGCCCUGGUCUCGGCGGCCAUGUAUACGCGCAUCAAACAAGGCGGCGGGCCGUCCUACCAGCGCAUGUCGUUCCCCGAGCUCAUGAACCAGGUCUCUUUCCUGUCGCAGCUAUUCCGCGGCGAAUUCAUCUUCCCGCCAGAAGGGUUGACCACCAACCUGGACAAGACCCUCCGAGGCCUGGAGAAGGACAACGUGAUCAUCGUCAGCCGCGACCCCUCGUCGGGCAAGCCGCUGACCGUCGAGCUCAGCGAAGCCGAGCGCCAAUGCGGCCGCGAGAACUACGACUUCUACUGCUUCCUGAUCUGGCCCUUCAUCGAAGCGUCGUGGUUAGGCUCGGUCUCGCUACUGGGACUCACGCCGCCCUCCGACUUCCCGAAAGACGUAUGGAUCGAUUUGAGCAAAGCCCAAGACAACGCCCAGCUGCUCGGCAAAACCCUCUAUCACCAAGGCGACCUCUCCUACUUCGAAGCCGUCAACAAAGAAACCCUCAAGAACUCCUACCAACGCUUCGCCGAAGAGGGCAUCAUCCACAUCGCCAAGAGCAAGGGAUCCAAGGCCUCCUCGGUGCGCCUCGCCCCGGAAUGGACCCCCGAACGCGAUCCCGCCACCGGCCAGGUCCUCCCGCGCGGCCGCCUGUGGGAUUUUACCGAGCUGAUCGCGCAGUCGCGACGUGAGGGGAAAAACCGCCGCGACGGCGCAACGGUCUCCUCGCGCGUCAUGCGCAUGUCCGACCUCGUGGGCCGGCGGCUGUUCGAGGACGCGACCGCCGGCCCUACCCCGGCCGACGAGGUGGAUUUCUCCGUCCAGCAGGUCCGGCGGAAGGCGAUCGCGCCGACGGCGAAGCUUUGAUUCUUCCCCCAGGGAUUGGAUAGGGAAAGGGUAG